GAAAACCGGACUGAUCAGGUAAAGUUUUGUCCUUUAUGAUUUGACAAACGCAGCUUACAUGUUAUUAGAAUUCGGAAUCUAUCUAAGGAGGAUUAAAUGACACAUUUUAUUAUAAACAAACCAUACAUGUAGAAGUUCGAAAUAAUAAAAUAAUUCUACAUGAUGAGCGUGUGUAUAUGCUGUUGUGUGCAUGAGGGGAUUCUUCCUUUUCAAAAAUAAAGUUAAUGAGUAUAUACUGCAAUGAGGCUACGCAUCCUUGUACAAACCACACUUAUUGAAAGUUUCCUGAAAGCUGUUGUAAUUGGAAGUAUACAUGUCUUUUUAUUUCUGCUGAUCAUUAAAAAGGUCAAUGUGCAUGUGACUUCUUCAUGUUUGAGUGAUGUUGAGAGAACAACCUCUUGCCCAGCGACGAAAAAUUUAUGGACUGCAUCUGCGAUAAGGAAAAAUUGUUCUAAAACACCCCCAAACUGUAAUCCGUUAGUUCCUAUGAAAUAUCAUUGUCUCAUCAAUGCUUGGCGAAAUUCAACAUUUGAGUUAUGCAGUCAUGAUACUGAAAUUAUAGGAUUUUCGUGUGCAGAGUACAACGAAGGAGGGACACUAAUCCAGCCAAAUUUUGAGAAUAAGUGCAAAAACUUCCUCGAACCGUGUCCCUUUAAAUACAAUUCAUCACAGGGAUAUUUAUAUCCACAGUGUUAUGAACUCCUAUCUGAAGAAUUGGAAGGGGCUGAAAUAUCCCCGGUAUCUAAUGAAACAACAAACGCACCAGGUAUACCGGAGGAGGAUGUCAUGUCUACUUUUGGUAAAGCAGCACCUCUAUUAAUUUUUCUACUUAUAUUGAUCGCCUUUGCCAUCGGAGUUUAUAUGAUGAGGAAAUGCAAAUUCGGAAGCGCUAACAAUACAGAGGACAUAGAGACGCCGGAAUCUCAACCAAUGCACUCAACGACCGAACAGAAUUUAACAGCAUUAGAGCAAAAAAUGACUUAUGAGAAAAUUGACUUUGAUAAUGAAUAAAGCUCAAAUUUAAAAGCAGUUGUUUUGAUUUACAGAAAUAGAUACUGACCAGUAAAGAUUCAAACUUUAAUUUAAACAUUAAAUAAAAUCCUCAAGCAAGUGCCGCCAUAAUGUUUUCCAAUUUUUAUCGAUUGUGGUGAAAACAAAAUGGUUGCAUUGAUUUAGUGAAACAUGCAUUUAAACGCGAUUAUUGAUAUGCAUUGCAUAUAAUAGAGUUAUGCAGAAAAAAAACUAUUUGCAAAUGUAAAUAUUAUGCAAUUUUAUGAAAUCUAUACUUGCCCUCAACAAUUACCAUGUCUUAUAAAGAAACCAAUAUAAACACUAGAAAUUGCAACGAAGGCAACGAUAGCUUGAAAACUUUUUCAAAAAGCAUCUGUCCAAUAUAUCAAAAGGCUUAGGUUCUAAUUUAUCGUUUGAAAUGGUUGUACAAAAAGUUGAAAGUUGUAAGAUUUGAUAUUGUUAAUUUUGGUAAAAUUCUUUGAUAUCAAAUCUUCCAAAGUCCUUUUGGAGCAAACAUAUCUGAUUU